AUAUUAUACAUGACUUGUGAAUGGCGGCAUGUCAACAAAGUGGCUAUGGAGGCCAACAUUGACCAGCUCCCUGACGAGAUCCUGCUGAGAAUCCUGCGUCACCUCUCCUGCCGGGACCUGCUGGUGGUGUCCUGCGUCAGCAACCGGUUCAGCAGUCUAGUUAGUGACCGAGACGUGGUUAGGUAUUUAGAUUUGAGAAAAGUCUAUAAUUGCACAACUGAGGACUUCAAGACCUUCUUUCUCCCUCGUACAAGAUGUCGGAAUGUCCAGCAAAUCAAUUUAGACCACGUAUACUGGAUCAAAUUACCCAGCUUUGUGGUGAAGCUGAAAAAUGUAGAAUCACUGCAUAUGGCAGGAACACCUUUGACAUUUUUACAACUCAAGUGGAUUCUCAUAGCUUGCACAAAGCUUCAAGAUCUGUCCAUAAGUUGGCCAGAUGACAUGGAAACCGACAAUGCAAAGCAGUGGGUUGGUGGAUUUGCCGAGGUGAAAAAUGUUCUUAGUGAACUGCAAACUUUACAAAUACUGAUAUAUUCUAACCCCAUGCCACUACUGGAGCUUCUUAUCCACUGCACAGGACUUCGGAAACUGGUUAUCACGAACCACCACGCACGCAAGGUUUUCAGCGCUCCCCGGAGCUUUUCUGGUAAAGAAUACACGUUGAACUUUCCCCACCUGCAAGAGCUCAUCAUUGACCAUCUGGAUGGUAGCUUUCCUCUCUAUCUCAUGGUGGGGCUUCUCCGCAAAAUAUCCGAAGGCUGCCAGAGCUCCGCUGAAUGGGGAACAUACUGGACCAACACUCCAGUAUAUGUAAAUUUUGAGCCUCUUGGUGAUGAAAUUGCUGUAAUAAAAAAAUGUUCAAGGGCAUUCCUCGCACUGACUCCACUCAUGUGGGACAUGUUGCGUGAGGCUGGACCCCUUUAUCACUUGGAAGAACUUUUGGUGAAGGGCCAGGCUCCUCGAUGUACUAACCUCACUUCCAUCAUCCGCUCCUGUCCCAAUCUCAAGAGCAUGAAUGUCAUGUAUGGUCUCAAUAUUACAUUGGAUAUGAAGAAAGUUUGUGAAAUGCUACCAAAGCUGGAGAGACUGAGCAUAUGUUGCCAUCCCGAGCAAGGACCCCCGAAGAUUGUCGACGGCAUCGCAACACUUCGUCAUUUAACUCACCUCACAGUACCUGUCUGUGCACUUAUAGAAACUCGGCAUCAGCAGACUUGCAUCACCCAACCAGAUAACUUAGUCAGUAUUGGAUUUAAAAGAAAGAGAGUUGGGGUUCCCAGUACAAGCAAUUUGUCGGAAAUUGAAAUUGCAGCCUUUAAUUUAGUGUUUGAAAACUGUCCAAUGAUGAAAAUGCUUGAAAUUGGAUUUAAUACAAGUGCCUCAUGCAGCCCAGCUAAAAUUCAUUGGGAAUGUUUGGAAAACAUAAAGAAGCUGAAAAGGCUUACACAUCUUACACUUGAUGGGAUCCCUAUAACUAAUGGAAGAUUUUUUAUUGAGAUAGCUCAAGGAUGCACCAAGUUAGAAUUUCUUCGUUUGAAACAUUUGGGACCUUCGGGAAAAUGUUGCUAUAUGACUUCCAUAACACAGGCCCUUCGUACAUGCAGAAAUCUUGUUCAUCUCAGAAUUGAGCAAAACUACCUAGCUCCUGGGACAGCAAUAUUUAAGUCCCUGGAAGAGUGUGAGAAGCUGGAGAGGUUGUUUAUUCAUUCCGAGAGAGAUGCACAUGCCCUUGACAUUGCUGCUAUAGAGAGCUGCAUUGAGAAGAGGACAAGUUUAGUGUUUGUCUUCAUAGUUGGCAGCCACACACCCAAGGACAGGUGUGCCAAGCUCACCAGAAAGUACAAAAAUUUAUUGCGGCCAGCUCUUGUUGUGCGCCUUCGGAGUGCUCUGUGGGAUGUGUUUGAUGAUAAGAACACAGAAACCCGCACAACACCUGCAUGCCACUAUAAUGAAAUGAUUACUUUUAGAAGUUGGACUUUUGAUGCAUUCACUUAAUGACAUUGCUGCGUAUAAUUUACAUGUAUGUGUACAAAUUAUUUGUAUUAGCUGUACUGUAUUGUCCUUAAUUUUGGGGUAUAAUUAUAUAAUUGUUGAAUUACACAAACAAUUCUUUUGUCAAAGUUACAAAGUAAAUUGUUGUUUAUAUUUUGUUAAUAAACUUUUGUUAUAAAAUGUUAUAUUAUUUAGAGGGCUUUAGAUAAUAGAGAGCUAUUAAAUUACUGAAUGUAGUUUUUUGUUUAUAACAAAUAAAUUAUUUAUUAAAUGAUUUAUGGUAAUUAGUGUUUCUAUUUUAAUGUUUUAAUGUGUGUUGAGAAUGCUACUGAUGAUAAUGUCAGCAUGAUGCUGUAGAGAUGACUGUUUAAUGCAACCUAUCUUCAUUACUAAUUUUAAUAUAGUAUUAUCCUUAUAAAUUUUUAUACAUGAGUGUGUACAAAAAUAAAACUUUCAUUCUGUUACU